GGCGCUCAACACGGUGGGACUUUUUGUGCAGUGACUGCAGUGGGUCAGACUCAGAGCUGAGCAAUCGGAAGGAUGGAUGUGGAACCUCCUGGGCCCGAGCCUUUAUCGCCACCCUCGGACAAGAGGUUCAGCACCUACAGCACCUACGAUCGGCGGAGGGAUCGUCAUGAGCGAUCGGAUCGGCCAGAGAGGCGACCAUUGACAGAUCAAAGAGAACGAGGCAGCAAGGCCCUCAGCAUGGUGCUGCGACAUCGCCAAGUCCCGUCGAUGCGAGCCGAUGGCUUCGUACCAUGGGAGGCGGUGCUGCAAGUGGACGAGAUUGCUGGCCGAUGGUGCAGUAAGGACCUGGUGGAAGUCAUCGAAUGGUCACAUAAUAAAGACAAACAACGCCGCUUCGAAAUGGCGUUGAACCUGGAUGACACGGGAGGCAUUUGGGUGCGGGCGACUGGCAGACACACCAAUGGAUGCAACGCCACUCAGCUGCCAGAUGGAGUCACUCAAGAGACGCGCUCGGAAUCGGACAAGAAAGCCAUGGAGGCAGCAAGGAGGUACACUGGGCCUGGAUCAGUGAAGGAGCACCGAGAGCGGCAUGGCUAUCCAAGGCACGACCCUCGUGGCCCGCCGCGGCCGGUGGCACGUCCCCUGGAGAGCACCCAACCGGUGCCUCCCGGGGAAGGGUCCCAGGCGCCCCGCACGCCGGGCGGCGCCCGCACGCCGGGGCGGCCGCGGACACCGGAGACGCCACCACCGGAACCCAUGGAACAGCCCAGCCUUCGCAAAAUUACAGCAACACAGAUGCCGCCACCUGUUUCGCAGGCAGCAGUCAGACAAGGCUCUGACCAGUCCACAACAGCGUCAUCCGCUCGUUCCUCGGACGUGCCGGAGGUGGAGACGAAGCAAAAAGGCAAUAAGGUAGACUGGAAGCUGACUGAGGAAGUAUCCAGUGGGAGCGAUUCUUCUCAGGAUGCCGAAGACGUGCCCAAGCAGGCGUCGAAAGGGGCAUCGCCCAAAAAGGAUGCCUCGAGCUGCGUGCAGACACCAGCACCACCAAAGGCCUCUUCGUUUGAGUGGCCUGCAAACAUCUUGGGCAUAGGCAGAGCUGUCGGCAGCUUUAAUGGUGAGGAAUGGAGCAAGCAGCAUCCUGACGACAACGACCGCUACAUCACCUUCGUUGAGGGUGACUCAAUUGCUCGAUUACCACACCCUCAGGAUGAGAGUGAGCAGUCCAAGGAGGAGAGCCUGCGCUGGGCUUUCGGACUGAAGAAAGGCACCGAUGUGCAAGGCUGGUAUCCUCAGAACUUUGUGGAUUUGAAGUCCAAAGAAUAAGUUAUGCAGGCUGCGAUGGCCCGCAAUGCAGUGCGUUCGCUGUUCAACAACAUGUUUUGCGAUCGCUGGUGCCCCAUGGAGCAGAUCCAAAGC